UCGGGGGCGCUCGCUCGUCCACCUGUUUGCACGACGCCCGCUGAGCUGCUGCGCCCGCAUCCCGCCUGCUCGAGGGCAGCGGAGGAUGUUCGAGGGAGCGCGCUAGCAGGCUCGCCGUCGAGAGAAGUCACCAUUACUUCGCCCAGCAAGGAAGACCUGUUGGCGCUCGCUGCCCGGCUCUGCCAGAGGAGGAAGCGGCUGGUGGCCGCAGUGGGGAUCGCCCUGGCCAUGGGCCUCAUCCUGCUCAUCGCCGUCCCCAUCCUGGUGCAGGCGCCGUCCAAGGGCCAGGCGCACUACGAGAUGAUGGGCACCUGCCGCAUGAUCUGCGACCCCUACAGCGCCAGUAGCGCUGCCGCCGGACCGUCCAGCCGCCCUGGAGGCACCACGGCCGCCCUCGAAGCCAUGCAAGAGCUGAGCGCCAACCCGCCGCCGCCACCGCCGCCCUUCAUCCAGGGACCCAAGGGCGACCCCGGCCGUCCAGGCAAGCCGGGGCCGAGGGGACCCCCCGGGGAACCGGGUCCCCCGGGCCCCAGAGGACCCCCAGGCGAGAGGGGCGAUUCGGGGAAGCCGGGACUACCGGGGCUGUCGGUGCCCGGCAUCGGGGCUCCCGGAACUGCAACGACGGCUGGAGGUGUGGGAUCGGGCAUGGGCGGCAGCAGCAGCAGCCCGGCGCCCGGAGGCGAGGUGACGGGGGCGCUGAGCGCUGCUUUCAGCGGCCCCAAGAUCGCCUUCUACGUGGGCCUGAAGAGUCCCCACGAGGGCUACGAGGUGCUCAAGUUCGACGACGUGGUGACCAACCUGGGCAACCACUACGACCCCACCACGGGCAAGUUCACCUGCCAGGUGCGCGGCAUCUACUUCUUCACCUACCACAUCCUCAUGCGCGGAGGCGACGGCACCAGCAUGUGGGCGGACCUCUGCAAGAAUGGGCAGGUGCGGGCGAGUGCCAUUGCUCAGGAUGCAGACCAGAAUUACGACUACGCCAGCAACAGUGUGGUGCUGCACCUGGACUCUGGGGACGAGGUGUAUGUCAAACUGGAUGGAGGCAAAGCCCACGGAGGCAACAACAAUAAGUACAGCACUUUCUCUGGCUUUCUUUUAUACCCCGAUUGACAAAGCCAAGUGUACCAAGGCGUGGUCCUUCGCCUCAUUCCCCUGCCACGCCUUUCCUGGGGGGUCUGUUCUUCAGGUCACUUUAAGCUUCAUUCUAAACAAACUCUUACGUUUCAUUGAUUGAAGUGUGGAAGGGAAACAGACGGCUUUUCCCUUCCAGCCAUUGAUGUGUUCUAUCUUUUUGUGUGUAUCCUGUUGUUCAGAUUACGCUAUGAGACGAACAGGGCUGAAAGCAGUAACAGGUUAAUCAGCACCAUGAACCGAUCCAUUCAUUUAUCACAUUUUCUUCUAAUGUGAAGUUAAAUCCUCACUGUCUCUGGUGAAAAAGGUGUUCCAGUACUGAUGGAACCAUUGUUGUGCAGUUAUCUGCAUAGCAUACCAGGAUUUUAAGGGUAUUUUCAGAAUUGCCUCUGUUGUUUAAUUAUGAGACUAUGUAGCCUUCAUUAAGCAGCCUUGCCUCGGAAUCUGUGCUGAGAUAUCACAAUACCUGAUUUUUUUUUGCCAAUCUGUUAGAUAGAAAUAAAACAAAAUUGCACCACAUGCAAGCCUGUAUUGUUGAGCCACCAGUACGAUCAAUAAAUUUCCAGCCCAGCUCUCCAUGAUUGCAGGUGGCUUACAGUCUUGCUGUCGGAAAUCCUAUUCCAUUGCUGGAAAUAAGUCAGGACUCAGUCUCCAACUUCUGAUGAACAGAGCGGGUGCCUUGCCAUUGAGUUAGAGUUUCUCCGUUGAUUCCAUAAGCAGUUAAAAACAAGGUGUCCAUUGACCCAACCAACUUCUUUAAUCAGUGGGUAUUGCAUCCAUUUGUGUUCUGUCUAAAACCCACCAGGCCACUAUGUGUGUAUGAAGGACCCAAGGCAGAAACCACAGAAUGGAUGAACCUUAGCACUUUAUUUCUCUUUAUGUACAAUCAUUGCUUUUACUAACCAUCUGGAGAACAAGACAGAAUUAUUGUGACACUGCAUUGGCCGUUCGUUAUGCUGCUUUGUAUGUAGGGGAUUCAGAUAUAACCGUUUUGAUUUAUACUCUAUAAAUAUAUAUUUUAGUUCUUUAUUUCUUUCAUCCACCCUUGUGCAAUGCAAUACUUGUGUGGGUGAUGGUAUUGAAAAGUUUAAUCUCCUGUCUUAAAAGCAAAUGAAUGAGCAAAAGGAAAAAAAUAUAUGAAAUAACACAUUAAAUUAUCUU